AGUCCGGACACCAGGACACCCGCCUUAAGCGAGAAACGGAAAAUGGAUAGGUAGAGGACUACUAAAUUAGUAGUACUGGAGGGCACCAGUCCACGUAUCUAUGUAGGCAAGUAGGCAGGUAGGCAGGUAGGCAGUCACGGGGUGGCGAUGUGCACUCAUCUCCAUCUCCAUCGUGCGUGCUUGCGUGCGUGGGGUGCGGGUGGUGGGUGGUGGGUGGUGCGGGGGUUUCCCACGCACAUACAUACUCCCACAUACCCACGUAGCGAGUGUACCGCAAGCUCAUCGCCGCUCACUCGCACCCAUAGCUACAUGACCCCGUCUCGUUCGACUAUAAAACGCCCCGAUCCCACACACGAUUUUCUGAUCUCUACAACCCUUCCACUUUUGCUCACCCCAGUGAUCUACCCUGCAUGCCGCCUUAGCAUCAGCAUCAGCAGCAGCAGCAGCCCGCACGACGUACGAGGACGAGGUGGAGGGAGGACGCCGGUACGGUUAUACCUCUGCAGACGCGUCUUGCCCCCACACGAUUAUUUUUUUGCGAGGUGGGCAACGGCGGCCACGGUGGCGGUGACCGGUGGCAUCCGCUCCGAUGGACUUACAGACGGACAGACAGAAUGACAGACGGACAGAGGUUGAGCGGCUGAAGCUUUCUCUGCCUACUCUACUUUGAUUGAGGUAUCUCGGUUCCCCUCUCUCUCUCGAGUCUGACACCGGACACGGGCUCUCCGCUGGCCAGCCCUCCGCGGCCACCACCAA